AUGUCCGACUCGUCCUCCUUGGGGAAGGCUACCCCGGACUCUGCCACCUCGGCAUCGGCUGCUUCUACCCAACAGAGCACCGUCGAGCAGGCGAGGAAAUUCCUGCAAGAUGACGAAGUGCGACAGGCGACUAGAGAGAGGAAGGUUGAAUUCCUGAAGAGUAAAGGAAUCGACGAGGCGCACAUCAGCCAGCUGCUGGCCGAGGAAGAGUCCAGCGAGACUGCAACAAAGGCACAGUCAGAUUCAGGAACAGACAAGCCAUCACAAGUUGCGCGCAGCACAGAUUCCCCGACAUCCCCAUCAAACCCAGUCUCCGAAACCAAAUCAGACCGCCCUCCUAUUGUCACCUACCCCGAGUUCCUCACCAAGCCUGCAAAGCCGCCACCGCUUAUUACCGUCGACCGCUUCCUCAACACGCUCUACGGCUUUGCCGGCCUCUCCACCCUCGUCUACGGUACCAGCAAGGUUAUCCUGGCCCCCAUGGUCGAGGCCUUGACAGAGGCCCGUGUUGAUCUACACUCUACUACCGCCGACAAUCUCUCCAAAGUCAUCGAGAAACUCGAAAGCACUGUCUCUGAGGUGCCCUCUUUUGCUCCUGCUGACAGACUCCAAAUUGGCGUCGGCAGAACAGCUGAGGAUGACGACACCACCCGGAGCGUAGCUAGCAGCUACGACGACCCGUCCGAGCUGUUCCACCGCGAUAUCGGCGUCCAGACUUCUCCGCCCGCCACUCCCGCGCCGGAGCCCUUCUACCCCGGCGCCGAUAGCAGCGAAGCGCAGUCGCCGACGGCCAGACAAUCGGCACGCCUGGCAGAGCUGGUCGCGUCCAUGAAGACUGUGAGCGAGGGCUUCGUUAGCCAGAGCGAGGACUAUGGCGACGUCACGGUGCUCGUCGACCAGUUGAGAGGAGAGAUCGACAAGAUCUCCACGGCGGCCCUAACCGCCGACUACGGCUCUACGGCCAGCUACUCUUUCUAUGGCAGCGCCGGGCGCAAUGAGCCGGAUGACGAGAUCAAGCAGGCCAAGGAGAACAUUAGGCGGGUCAAGGGGGUGUUGCUCAGCACGAGGAAUUUCCCCAUGUCAACCAGUCCAGACAACAAUGCGACAGCCUCUCCAGGCCCAGAUGCCGACUCUCGCCGCCGCUCUGGACGCGUCGUGAAGGUGCCCCAGAAGUUCGCCCCCGAUGCUAUCGCGAGCUCGAAGCGCAAGCGUGGCGCCGACCACGAUGAGGACGACGGAGAUCUCGAGAAUGACGAGAUUGAUGCUGACGGUCAAGUGAGCGACGAUGAGGCCGACGAAGACGACGAGGACGCAGACGAACACGGCGCGCGAUCCAAACGGAAGCGGCCGGCGCAGGGUAAAAAGACCAAGAAGCCUGCGCUCAAGAAGCCAAAGAUCAACGGCUCAGCGCCCGCUGGCUCACAUGCUGCCCGGCUGCCCAGCAGGCCGAAGAAGCCGGCGCGCGUUGCCGUUGCUGGCGAAGGCGAUGGACUAUACGGUAUGCUACCCCGCCGCGGUUUUGGAUACCCUUGCACUCGUACUGACAGGGCGUCAUUCCGCGCAGCUGAUGUCUUCGGGUCCGGUGACACUGCCGACGAUGUCGCUGGCCGAUGGUACACGAAAUACCAGAAUGACCAUACCGGGGCGGUGACCGACCUGGUCAAUUGUGUGCUCCUCGCUGCUGGCUGUGACCAGCAGGUAACGGAAGAUGAUAUCAAUGAUCCCGACAAUUGUAACAAUCGUCUGACCGAACUGCAAAGUCUCUAUGAAGAGCAACAAAUCACUGAGUACCCCCUGAUCUCUCGGGAUAAAUCUGCCAAGGGCUUCCGCGAUCUGCUUGUCAGCUUCUUCCGAUCUCUCAUCAAUGUUUUCCACGAGACCGAUUUGCUGUACACCGACCCUCCUCUGAUGGAGAACAUUGUGCGUUGGGUGGCAUCCAUGUCAUCGGCCACCCUUCGGCCGUUCCGCCACACCGCCACUACUGUCGCAUUGUCAAUGCAGUAUGCUCUGGUCGAAGUUGCCGGCAUCUUAGACGAGCGAAUCACCAAAUUGACCCAACAAAUCGAGGGCGAGAAGAGUCGUCAGGGCAAGAGGAAAGAUAAAUCGAGCAAGGACAGGCUCGCUGCCAUUCAAAAGAACUUGGAUGACGCGAAUCAGAACCGGGAAUUGUGUGGUGAGCAGAUCAAGGAGCUGUUCGAUGUCGUGUUCGUGCAUCGGUAUCGCGAUGUCGACCCCAAGAUCCGUACUGAGUGUGUCGAGGCCCUCGGCAAUUGGAUCUGGAUUCUGCCCACGGUGUUCAUGGAGCCCCAGUACCUUCGUUACCUGGGCUGGAUGCUCUCUGAUAUUGUCUCAGCAACACGUAUGGAGGUUCUGAAACAACUAUCAAGAGUGUUCAAGCGAGAUGCCCAAAAGCUCGGUCACUUCAUCGACCGCUUCAGGCCACGUCUGAUCGAAAUGGCCACCAAGGACGCCGAUGUCAGCGUCCGGGUGAACGCCAUCUCCGUCAUUGAAAACCUGCGCGCUACUGGUAUGCUUGAGCCGGACGAGCUCGAUGCCAUUGGCAAACUGAUCUUCGAUGCGGAACUGCGCGUGCGCAAGGCGGUGGUGGGCUUCUUUGCCGAGUGUGUCGACGAUGCAGUGGAGAGCAAGAUUGAGGAUCUUGGUGGUGAGGAAGCUGUGCAGGAGCUUUCUAUUGACGACGAGACGUACGAUUCUCCACGGCGAGACUGGAUCAACAUCAAAUGUCUUGCCGAGAUACUGGCUGCAUAUGAGGCGCAGCUAGAAGAAGAGCAACCCGACGAAACAGUCAGGGGCCUCGAAGCCGCCACCGAUCUUUUGGGCUCGGGUCUGCCGGAGAACAGGGUUUCUCUUGCAUCCCAAGUUCUGUACGACAAGAUUGACGAGGUCAACAACUGGGAGAUUCUAGCCGGUUACCUCCUUUAUGACCACAGUGUUAGCACCAAGUCUCGGUCAAAGUCUAAGGGACAGUCAGCAGAGGCAAGCUUCAAAAAGGCCGUUGCACCGUCGGGUCCCGAAGAGACGAUUCUUCUCGAGAUUCUCGCAGCAGCUGUCAAGGUCAAUCUGGCGCACAGCGCUGAGAGUGAGAAGCACAGGCGAAAGGGAGGCCGCGUAGACGACCAGGAUGCGGUUGAAAAUCCGGGUGUGAGACUGGCAAGCGCCAUCCCAGAACUCCUGAGCAAGUUCGGCGCAGACCCUACCACGGCUACUAUCGUCCUGCGUCUCGAGCACUCGCUCGACUUGGACAUCUUCCAGCAACUGAGGCAAGACUCCGCGACGUAUGAGAGAUUACUAGACGAGAUUUGCACACAAUUCAGUCGACACGGCGACAAGGACGUCAUCACCGAGGCGACUGCUGCUCUCCUCCACGCCCGUCACUACGCGGAGCUCGAGGAGAUCACAGACACCAAGAUUAACACCCUGUGGGAGGACGCGAUCAACUCGCUUAGGAAUUUCGACAAGAUUUGCGAGCUCUCAGUCCGGGGCAACUUGGACCUGGCUGCCGCAAACGAGCUGUCGACGAUCCUGCUCAAGAUCAGCCAGCUCUCGAGCGUGGCAGACUGCACCGAGAUUCUCGAGGCCGAGGGUUCGUCGAUCGACUCUAACUCAUCCGCCAUCGACGUGCUCGCUAGCACCGUGCACCGCGGCAAGUUUGAGCAGCCCGACGACGACCUCGAUAAUGUCGAGGACGAGAUAACCGGCUACGCCAUCAAGGCCUGCCAGUUCUACUUUAUGUGGAAGAUGCGCGCGAUCCUCAAGGCCGUCGCGAGCGGCGACGCCAUCCCCGACGAGGAGACGGACCGCCUCGUCGUGCUCGAGAAGAAGCUCCAGACCAACCUCAUCCAGACCCUGUCCUCACGGGCCGUCAACGACGACCUGCGGCUCUUCGCCACGGGCUCCCUCUGCGACCUGUCGGUGCUCUUCGGCUCCCUCCGCCGCGAGCUCGACCACCAGGUCGUCAACGCGGACCGGUACCGCGCCCUGCGCGCCCUCGUCCUCGAGAUCCCCGCCGGGCUCGUCGGCGAGCUCAUCUCCAUCUUCAACGGCGCCGAGCGCGCCUACGCGCGCCGCGCCAAGAAGACGCUCAACGAGCUGGCCGAGGACGAGGACCCGCUCGACGACGACGAGCUCUCGGACGACGAGGACGGCCGCGAGGAGGACGAGGACGAGGCCGGCCUCACGGCCGAGGAGCGCCGCGCCGCCGAGCUGCGCGCCGAGAAGGCGCUCUGCGAGCUCAGCGCCAAGUACGUGCUCGCCGUCCUGGCGCGCAUGGUCGGCGGCGACGACGCCAAGCUGCGGCGGCGCAUGCUGCGCAACCACAACCGGCUCGGCAACAACUACCGCGAGAUCGUGGCGUACCUCGACGAGCGCAGGCUGCGCGAGCUGGCCGAGGGCAAGGCCAAGAAGUCGAGGGCCGCGGCGGCGAGGAGGGCCGCGGCCAAGGGGCCUGCGGGGGGACCCGCGGCCGAGGCGCAGCGCAAGACGGCCGUCAGCGAGGAGAUUGUCGUGGGCGGGGACGACGAGGACCAGGACCAGGACCAGGACAUGGGGUUGAAUGACCCCUUUGGCGAGGAGGAGGAGGAGCAGGCCGAGGAGGGCACGGAGGAGGACCUGCGGAGGCGGGAGCUGCUUGAUGACCCUGGCGUCGAGGAGCCGGAGAGCAGCGAUGAGGAGGGCCGCGGUGCGGAUGACGACUCUGUUAUUGGGGACUAA